CCCAUCUGGCAACUUGACGUGCUGGAACUCUAAAAAGGAAGAAGAAGUGAAAGGAGAGAGAGAGAAGAAGAAGAAGAGAGAGAAGAAGGUGGUGUCAGUAAAUGUAUCACUCCGCCAGAAAAGUAGAGACCUGUGUAUGUGUUUCAUGUUUCCAACAAAGAGAGGAUUCUUCUUCCGGUGAAAGUCUCGUCAUUCUCCAUCUCCCUUCCAAUCUCUUCACACCAGCAAAAGUUUGCCUCUCGGAGCGGACAACUAACUGGAAACUUUCAGUCUUUCCGCCACUGCUGAGUUGAGCUAAAGGCCACAAAGAACAAAAGCCUCACCAUGUCUGGAGAACUCAGGCUGGUUCUGGUGGGAAAUACAGGAGUUGGCAAGAGUGCGUCCGGCAACACCAUCUUGGGCAGCGAGCACUUCCUGUCAGAUGUCAGCUUCUCCUCGGUGACCCGCGAAUGUCAGCAGGGAAGCACUGAGCGGCUACUGGACACUGACCAGGAAAGACCAACAAGAGUGAAGGUGGUUGACCUACCAGGCUUCGGGGACACUCACAUGAGUGAGGAUGAGAUAAAUACUAUGAUGGUUAAAUGUUUGGCUUUCUGUACUCCAGGACCACAUGCUUUUCUCUUGGUGGUGCCGAUCGGCCGUUAUACAGAUGAUGUGAACAAGGCUGCGCUAAAUGUGGCCAACAUAUUUGGGGAGGAAGCCCUCAAAUCUCACACCGUGGUUCUUUUUACCAGAGGGGAUGAGCUUAAGGGGAGGAGCAUUAAAGAAUACCUGAGAAAUGCUCCGGCUGACCUUAAAGGUCUGAUCAAAAAAUGUGGCGGCCGGUACCACUUGUUCAACAAUGAAGACCCCGGUAAUGAGGCACAGGUUGGACAACUCUUGAUGAAAGUGAAGAAGAUGGCGGAGAAGACUGCAACUGGGUUUUAUACCAAUGAUAUGUUCAAGAAGGCAGAGGCCAUCUUUCGGGAGGAGGAGAGGAAGAGAAGCAUGGUCCGUUUCGAUAGUCUGUCUCCACCCGCAUCUGAGGGAUACUCUGUCCCGUCACCCUCAACUACAUUCUGGGAUAAUUUGAAGAAGGUAGUGGCCUCUGCCUUUAUAGGCUUAGUUUUGGGGGCAGCAUUUGGCGUGGCUGCCCCCAUAGCAGCUUCAAGCGCGGCAUAUCUUGUAGGGUCUGCAGCUGUGGCAGCAGCUGCCUCAGGAGUAACUGCAAUAAAAGCAGGGGCGGCGCUCGGUGCAGGUGUGGGUGGCCUCGUUGGCAUUGUCAACGGUCUUGAUGCUAAGACUCCAAUGGAGGGCGUUAAGGAAACUGCCAAAACGGUUAGUAAAAUAGGAUGUGUUGCAGUAGUAGCGGGUGCGUGUGUCGGGGCUGCUGUGGGUGGAACCGCAGAAGUAGUUUCUGUUCUCCGGGAACAAGGUACAUCAGCAGUUACAUCAGCUGGUGUGACCAGUGGCCCUGUUGCUCAAUCCCGCAUCAUACCUGUAGUGAAGACCGUGGGAAAGGCAGCAGCAGUCGUAGCAGGAACAGGGGCAGCAGUAUCUUUUAAAGUGAAAAUUGCUAUAAGAAAAACUCCGGACUCGGCAGAAAUAAACAUGGACGUGGAUUUUAAUAAAAAGAAUCAUUGAAAUGUCUCAAAUUCACCUCCAAUGGUUUGAUAGUUGUCCACAAUUUUAAUGGCAACCAUUGGAGGGAUUUCAUACAUUAUCAAACCAAUAUUGCCUUUCAUCUUGCUUCUAUUGAUUUGCACCUUUAACAAGCAUUUCAUUUUUACGUCGAUCCGCGGGAAUAUGUCUUUUAUCUCUGUAAAAAUCUAAAAAUAUAUGUUCUGUUUUCUUUGAUUUUUCCAAACUAAAAUGUGUGCUAAAAUCUUAAAACGUCUCUUUAACAUACCUGCCAACAACUACGGUUUUCCCCUAAUGAGUACGAUUUUGAUCAUCCAGUGGUAAAAACUACGGUCUUCCAUUAAAAAUGUUUAACUUAAAAAUGGAAGCUACGUUGCGAAGCAGCUACAAAAUAUAGGGGAAACAUCAAUGAUUGGUUUACGUAUAAGAACAUCCAUGAUUGGUUGUUGUUUACUAUGAUGAGUCACCAUUGGUUAAGAUUAGGGCAAAACAUUAGAGACAGGCCAAUCAGAGACAAGAGAGGGCGGGUUAUGGAACCAGGAAGUGACAUCACAACAGACAGCCUUGGCAUUUUGAUUUUCUUUUGGUGAAUGGUUGCAUUUGAAAUUGUAUGUUGUAAUGGCGACCACCAAAUAAAGCAUUCUUAAACCUUC